AUGCCUGUUUUUGAAGCUGCUCGUCUGCCAAUCGCACACCAUGAAAACGAAUGGCCUCGUAUUGUUGAUGGGCAAGACCAAUUGCAGUAUUGUGAAUAUGCUGUCUGCGCCUUGAAGGGUGAUAGCAUUGGUGAUGUGGUUCUCAAAUCCCUCUGGGGUCAAGUUCUUCUUUCUCCUUACAUCUACACUAUCUACACCAUCCCCUGUCUACACCAAGACCCUGCUUUCAUUCCCCACUACAAGAUCCUAGACCAACCUUUCAUCAAAGCACACAUCACAGAUGACCCAACUCCGAAUGGAGUUCCUUCCCUAUAUCCUCUCAAUAUGUCCCCUACAGCAUUCGAAAGCGCCAUCAACAAGGCAUGCGAGACUGCGGUCAACAAUGCCCUCAACGGUUUACAGGAACAUAUUGACAGUGUUGUCACUACUAAAGUCGCUGCUCAGAGAGAGUAA